AUGCGAAUUCUACGUACCAUAAAAAAUACAAGGUAUCAAUCAGAUCUUAGGAAUAAAAAGCUAUACUUUGCACUGGUCAUUCAUCGAUAUCAACAUGUCUCAACUAGAAUCACUCAGACCCGCUCACAAGUUAAUGGUCCACUAAGUACAUUGCCAACCUCUUUAGAUCUUCCAACUCGAAAGACCGAUCAAAAUAUUAUCUAUCACCUAUUUUCCAUUGGCAAAGCAUAUCUUCAUUUUUACAAAUCCGGAAUGAAAAAUAUCUAUUAUAACUAUAAAGCGUCUCAACCCAUUAAAGAACUCAUUGAUUCCAAAUAUGGUGGCUCAGUUGAAGCAGCAGCCACAGCCAAUGCGAUUACUCGCCAUGAUUUCCUGCUUGUUAUGCGCAACUGGCACGACAUUCAGCGUGUGCCGGCAUUCGGGCUCAUGUUUGUAAUUUUCGGGGAAUUUACACCUUUGGUAGUGAUGGCUAUUAGCGGAAUUGUACCCUGGACUUGUCGAGUCCCGGCGCAGAUUAAAAAUGACAGGAUGAAAUUGGAACAGAUGCGGCAGAGAGCUUUUCGCCAACUAGCUAACAUUUCUUCAGAUAAAUUGACAUCAAGUAUAGGGAAUCGAAGGAAGCUAUCUCAUAUAAGUAAGAGUCUUGGUUUGAGUUCACAAUUGUGGGAUUGGAUUGGUGGGACUCCAAGCGCUAUUCUCCAAAGGAAAGUCUCAAAAAAACUGGAGCAUCUGAAACUUGAUGAUAAUUUGAUCGUGGUGGCUGGGGGUGUCGAAGAGAUGAGUGUUGAGGAAGUUGAAAUGGCACUGGUGGACAGAGGCAUCGAUACAAUAGGCAAGAAUGAGAUUCAGUUGAAACAUGAUCUAAACUUGUGGCUCCAGAUGAGGAAAAAUGUGCCAAUGGAGAGACUUUUACUCGUGCGUCCGUCCGAUUGGCCUGUCGUGACGGCGCCAACAUAA